UCUCUCUCUCUCAUACACUGGCCAACACAUAAAGCAAGGGCCAUACAUACAGAACGACCACAAACAACCCUCACUCCUCUCAAAAACAUUCUUUUCUAUUUUGUUUUCCAGCUUUUGUAAGCAGUUUCAAGAAAAGUGAAUUUUUCUCUCUUUUUGAGGAAAACAGUUUUCUUCUUCUUCCUAUAGGCUACAGCUCUCCUUCUUUGUGCACUCAAGUUUUCAGCCAUGGAUACUGCACAGUGGCCACAGGGAAUUGUGGUGAAUCCAAUAGAGGAGAUAGUGACAAACUCAUGCCCUAAGCCUGCAGCAGCUAAUAAUUUGGAGAGGAAAGCAAGGCCUCAGAAGGAACAAGCCCUAAACUGUCCAAGGUGCAACUCCACCAACACGAAAUUCUGCUACUACAACAACUACAGCCUCACACAACCAAGGUACUUCUGCAAGACUUGCAGAAGGUACUGGACUGAAGGUGGGUCCCUCAGAAGCAUCCCAGUUGGAGGUGGUUCAAGGAAGAACAAGAGAUCUUCAUCCUCAAACAAUUCUCCAUCGACAACUUCUAACAAUUCUUCUUCUUCCUCAGCAUCCAAAAGGCUUCCUGAUCUGAUUCACCAAAACCCUAAAAUCAACCAAGCCCAAGAUCUGAACCUCACUUUCCCAUCCACUAAUCAAGAUUUCAGGAAUAUUAUCUCUGGUCACUUGCUUAAUCACCAUCAUCAACAAUUUCCAAACAACAACAUCAAUGAUCAAAGCACCGACAAGCAGCAAAACCACAUCUCUACUUCUUCCCCAACUUCUACUACUACAACUACAACAACAUCCCACCUUUCUGCCUUAGAGCUUCUCACUGGAUUGACUUCUAGGGGUUUGAACUCCUUCAUGCCUAUGCCAGUCCUAUCAGACCCGAACAACAACAACUCUGUAUAUAAUAGUCCCUCUGGACUAAUUAAUCCGAUGCAGGAUUUCAAGCCAACUCUUAAUUUUUCACUGGAUGGGCUUGGAAGUGGAUAUGGGAGUCUUCAAGGUUAUCAUGUUCAAGAGAGCAGUGGGAGGCUUUUGUUUCCAUUUGAAGAUUUGAAACAAGCUCCUUCGGGAGGAGGGAUUAAUGAGCAGAACAAGCAGCAUGGAGAUUCAACUGGGUAUUGGACAGGAAUGCUAGGAGGAGGAUCAUGGUAAUUAGUAACAAGAAGAGAUUUGCAUCCUGGGUUUUUUCUUUCUCUUAUUUCUGAUUUUAAACUUUUUAUUAAUCUUUGGCUUUUUUGGUGGGUGACUUAAUGUUUGGAUUUCUUCAUAACUAACAGAUAGGAUACAUGGGUUUUCUUAAUAUUUCUUCAAUUCUCCUUCUCUUUUUUUUCUUGGAAUUGCCUUUACUCUUUUGAAGUUAGAUGGUGGUGGGUUUUUGAAGCUUAUUUUAGAUAUGGCUUCAAAAUGGCUUCUUACGAGUAAGGAGCUGGGCAAUGUUCAUAAAAAAAGGGCGUGGAGGAUGGAAUCUAUGGUAUCAAUCAAGACCAGCCCAGAUUUUUUUUAGGGUAGAAAAAGUAGAAAAGAGGCAUAUGGCAUGCACUGUACAAUCAUCUGCCCUUUUUAAUAUUUCAUGUAAUUUAUUCUAGUUCUAUCACUACAAGAAAAUCAAAGGGCGUCGCGGUCCACGGUAAUGUGCUACUAAUCGGUUCGCUUGGUACAAUAAAUAAUAUGUAUAAUUUGCAACUUAGUUUGUAAGGAUCUGAAGUGAAUGCAAUGUAAUUGUUUAUCUCCA